AUGAUCAUUACUACUUUAGGAUGGGCUUAUUAUCUUAGUAUUCAUUAUGAUUUUCUUAUACCAGGAAGAAAUACUUAUAAUCCAGAUUAUUAUUAUAAAUUUUAUGCUAGUUCCUAUGCUAGAGCACCUCCUUAUUUUUUAGGAUUGUUAAUUGGAAUACUUUAUAGAGAAUUCAAAUAAUCUAAAAAUAGUAGAAAAAUUAUAUAUUUAAAAUAAUUUAGAGAUUAUGCAUAAAACAAUGGCUAAAGAUUAAUAAUGUAAAUUUGUUGUUAUGGAUUGGGAUUUGGUAUCAUGUCAUUUCCUUUUUUGGAUGGAAAAAAGAAUUUAAUCAAAUUUAAAUGGCUUGGCCAAUAUGGUUCUAACAUAUUUAUCAUGAACUCUGUAGAUUUUUAUUUACUUUUGGAUUAACAUUUAUCGUCUUACCUAAUUUAGUAGGAGCAUAUGAUUUGUAUAUAUUAUGUAUUUAACUUAGAUUUAAUUCUAAAUUUAUGAAUAACACCUUAUUUAAAUUUAUGGCUAUUUGUGCCAUAGUACUCUCUAUGAUUUUUGGAUUCCUAUUAUCACUUUUAGUUGAAUUGCCUUUUGGAAAUCUAGAUAUCAGAUUAAUUAAAAUAAUUAUGAG